AUUGCCCCAACCUGCGCUACUUGUGGACGCCACCAUACCGGUGAGUGUCUUGUGCGACGAGGCAUUUGUUUCCACUGUCGUAGACCCGGACACUUGAGGGGAUAUUGCCCAGACAGAGCUCAGCGUCAGCAGGGUCAGCGUCAGCGUCAGCUGGCCCCGAACCAGCCAUGUGGAGCACCAGCACGUGUCUAUGCACUUGAUCAGGCAAAGGCCGCCGAGCAGCCAGGUACUAUGUCCGGGAUGAUUUCAUUGCAUGGUGUGCCUAUAUUUGCUUUGUUCGACACCGGGGCGACACAUUCGUUUAUCUCGGCCAAGUGUCUAGAGGCCAUAAGGGUACGAGGAGUGAGUGCCGUCGACCCCCUCGAGAUCAGCUUAGCUUCGGGGAGAAAGAUAGUUACGAGCUCCUUGGCCGAGAAUCUUAGCAUGAGUAUUGGUGGCAGAACUUUAGAGGUUGAUGCAUUCGUGAUCGAGAUGAGGGACUUUGACCUCAUUCACGGCAUGGACUG